CAUUUUAUUGAACUUAGGAUCUCCCAAAACGCCAAAACCAACGCCUCAUUUUCUUUCAUUUCCCCAUCUCAAUUCUCACUUGAAUACAUCAUUCAUGUCUCUCUUUCCAUUCCCCUUUGCAUUUUUCCUAUUUCUCUCAUUAAACCCACACAUCUUCUCUUCUACAGCUUCCACAAUUUCCGAAGAUGUUGAGAUUACAUAUGGGUCUGUUGUGAAGCUGAUGCAUGAAAAAACCAAAUUUAGGUUGCAUUCUCAUGAUUUGCCUUAUGGGUCUGGUAGUGGACAACAAUCUGUUACUGGGUUUCCUUCUGGUUAUGAUGCCAAUAGCUAUUGGGUUGUUAAGCCGGAGCUGGGAGCGUCUGCAAAACAAGGUGACCCAAUCGUAAGUUCCACAAUCAUCAGGCUGCAACAUUCUGCAACCCGAAAGUGGCUGCAUAGCCAUUCCUUUGAGUCACCACUUUCAGGCAAUCAGGAGGUCAGCUGUUACGGGAGUGAGAAGAACUCCGACACAGGUGAUGACUGGAGACUUGUAGUUGAAGGAACGGAAAAAACGUGGAAGAAAGACCAAAGGGUUCGGCUUCAGCAUGUGGAUACUGGCGUUUAUCUACAAAGCCACAAGAAGAAAUAUAGCAUGGGACAGCAAGAGGUUUGUGGUGUGCGAGACAAAAACAGCGAUAAUAUUUGGAUAGCAGCUGAGGGUGUGUACUUCCCUGUGAAGAAAAGCAACGAUAGCGCUUAGAGACAUCCAUAAUAUACCAGUUUUUUAUAGCAAGAGAUAUAUUGAACUGAUUAUUGCUCAAAAUUUUGAUAGAAUUUUUUUUUUAUCCUCCUUUGGAGUGUAAUGUCACAUCAAAUUGUACAAUUGGAGAUAAUUCAUUAGUGAUUAGAUAAUAACUGGUUUUAUUAUUGGCCAAGUCUGGACCA